AUGUUGGCAGGCUGCUCGUUCUCGUCCAGGCAUCAGAUGAGCACAGCGCAGCGCCUGCCAUGCGGAUUCUCCAAGCGGGGCGGCCGCGGCGACACCGGCACCGCCGCCACCGUCCCGCGCGGCGAAGGCAGGGGAGGCAACGGCACCUGCUCCUUCCGGCCUCACCCGGCGUCGCCGGUCUCCCAGGCCGUGUCCUGGGGCGCCAAGCCGGAGCCCGGCGUCGGCGACGGCGGCUGGGACAUGAGGAGUAGCAGAGCCGUUAAGCGCCAGCACGAGGAGGAGGAGGAGGAGGGGGAGUAUGGCCCCGUCGUUCGCGCCAAGCGGACGAGGGUGAUGGGUGGCGACGGCGACGAGGUAUGGUUCCAUCAAUCCACUGCAGGGGACGCCAUGAUGCAAGCGGCCGCCGGAGAAGGAGGAGAGGAGGCGGAGGAGCAGAAGGUCUUUCUUGUGCCGAGCGCCGCGGCGUUCCCCCACGGCAUGGCGGUCGCGGGGCCGUCGUCCUCCCUGGCCCCGGCCAAGCAGGAGGAGUACAGCAAGUCGCCGUCGUCCCAUUCGUCGUCUUCGUCGGGCACGGACGGUGGCUCGUCGGCGAUGCCGCCGGUUCUUGAGCCCGCCAUCGCGAGGAGCGUCGUGCCGGAGGCGGAGAGCCAAGCGCUGGAGCUUGUGGGCGCGCUCACGUCGUGCGCUGAAUCCCUGGCCGUCUGCAACUACGACGCCGCAAACUACUUCCUCGCGCGGCUCGGCGAGACGGCCUCGCCGUCGGGGCCCACGCCGCUGCACCGCGUGGCCGCGUACUUCGCCGAGGCGCUCGCGCUCCGCGCGGCGCACAUGUGGCCGCACGUGUUCGACGUCACCCCGCCGCGCGAGCUCACCGACGGCGCCUUCCACGACGACGACGACGCCAUGGCGCUGCGGGUGCUCAACAGCGUCACCCCGAUCCCGCGGUUCCUCCACUUCACGCUCAACGAGCGCCUCCUCCGCGCGUUCGACGGCCACGACCGCGUCCACGUCAUCGACUUCGACAUCAAGCAGGGGCUCCAGUGGCCGAGCCUGCUGCAGAGCCUCGCGGCGCGGCGUCCGGAGCCGCCGUCGCACGUGCGGAUCACCGGCGUCGGCGCGUCGAGGCAGGAGCUGCAGGACACCGGCGCGCGGCUCGCGUGCGUGGCCGCCGCGCUGGGGCUCGCUUUCGAGUUCCACGCCGUGGUCGACCGGCUUGAGGACGUGCGCCUGUGGAUGCUCCACGUCAAGCGCGGGGAGCGCGUGGCCGUUAACUGCAUUCUCGCCGCGCACCGCCUGCUCCGCGACGAGACCGGCGGCGCCAUGUCCGACUUCUUCGGGCUCGUGCGCAGCACUGGCGCCGCCGUCCUCCUCCUCGGCGAGCACGAGGCGGCCGGGCUCAAUGCCGGGCGGUGGGAGGCGCGGUUCGCGCGCGCGCUGCGGCACUACGCCGCGGCGUUCGACGCGGUGGGCGCGGCCGGCCUGCCGCCCGCCAGCGCGGCCAGGGCCAGGGCGGAGGAGAUGUUCGCGCGGGAGAUCCGCAACGCGGUGGCGUUCGAGGGCCCUGACCGGUCCGAACGGCACGAGAGCUUCGAUGGGUGGCGGCGGCGCAUGGAGGACGGCGGGUUCCAGAACGCCGGUAUCGGCGACCGUGAGGCGAUGCAGGGGCGGAUGAUCGCGAGGAUGUUCGCGCCGGGCAAUUACGGCGUGCACCCACAAGGCGACGGCGAGGGGCUCACGCUCCGGUGGCUGGACCAGCCGCUCUACACCGUGAGUGCAUGGACGCCGGCCGGCGACGGCGCAGGAGGUAGCACGACGGUGUCCGCGUCCACCACGGCGUCACAGUCUCUGCAGAGCUGA